GUGUGUUAAUCACAGCACGCCUACUUGAGACAUCCUGGGAAAUCCCUAUCUGGAAGAGAAGAAAAGUUAAAAUCACCAUUGCUGUGCUUAUUCUGUGGAAUUUGUGGACAGAGUCACUUCUAUUCAUUUUCAGUGAAAUAUUGAAAAACUGUUCCUGUUAUUUUCUAUCAUGAGUUAACUGUUUGUGUGAUCUUUUUUAAAUUUGAUGUAUUUGCUCUCACUUUAAAAGAUACCGUAAGAGACAUUUUCUUUCCUUUUUUUCUUCCUACUUUCCAAGACUCCAGGAAAAACAGCUUCCGUGGCAACUUGCGUCCAGAGCACAACUAGAAUGAGUGGUGCAGAAAGUUGUACAGAGCUUGCAGAGUGUGCUCAAUCAUCAAGAAGAAAGAACUUACCAAAUCCUCUUGAACAAAAGAUAAAGUACCUGGAACAACAGAGGAAAGAGCUCCUGGAAGUUAACCAGCAAUGGAAUCAGCAGUUUAGAAGCAUGAAAGAGUUAUAUGAAAGAAAGGUUGCAGAGCUGAAAACGAAACUGGACGCGUCCGAGAGGUUCCUGGGCACGCUGGAGGAGGAGCGGCUGCAGAGUCAGAGGGAGAUUGACAGGCAACACCGCCGGACCCGGGAGAGGCUGCGGCGCGAGGAGAAGGAAAAGGAGAGCCUAAACAAAGAAUUACAUGAACUGAAGAAAGAGAAUAAGCUUUUGAAGGAAAAAAAUGCUCUCGCAAACCAGAAGAAGCAACAUUUCGAAUGCGAAAUAAAACGCCUCAAUAAGGCUCUGCAGGAUGCCUUGAAAAUGGAGUGCUCUUCACCUUCUGAGGACUGUUUGGGGAAGUCUGAAGCGGAGUGCAGCCGUGAGGAGAUGCGGACAGAAAUGGAGGUCCUCAAACAGCAGGUGCAAAUAUAUGAAGAAGACUUCAAAAAGGAGCGAUCAGACCGAGAAAGACUUAAUCAAGAAAAGGAAGAGCUACAACAAAUUAAUCAAACUUCUCAAUCCCAGUUGAAUAAGCUGAAUUCUCAGAUCAAAGCUUGUCAGAUGGAGAAAGAAAAACUAGAAAGGCAAUUAAAACAGCACCAUUCUCCUCAGAUGUAUUUCCCAACCUGUAACUGCGGCUUGAAGCUCCCUGUAUGGGAUCCACGUGGACCGGCAGUUCCUGGGGCCGUGCGGGAUCUGCAGCAGCACCCACCGGACUAUCAGUGGUAUGCUCCUGACCAGUUUCCGCCAGAUGUGCAGCACAAGGCAAAUGGUUUCACAGAAAAGAAAGUCAGCCAGUAGACGCGCACACAGCGGAGGAGCGCGCGGGCCCGGGGGGAGCCUGGCGGCGCCCCCACCCCCACCCCCACCCCGCUCUGCCGCGGCCGUGUCUGCGCUGCUGCCGCUCGGCUGCUGCGCUCCUGGGGCGCGCUGAGGGUCCCCUCUGGCACGGAUGCGGCCGCGGCCGCGACGGCCGAGGUGCUGACCAGGUCCGGGGAGCCGGACUCUACAGCCGUCACAGCUCCCAGUUUCCUCCCAGUGAGGUUUGCCGACGGAUUCUGCGCCGCUCCCCCAAGUUUUCCUCCGCACCUCGCUGCUGGAUUUACAGGGAUGAUUUCGUGAUAUCAGCACCUCCACUUGGGGGUGCAAUGAUAUUGCAUGUUGAUUUAAAUAUUUAAAAAUUUCCCCUUGGGGGAAACUUUUCUGCAGCUUUAAAACUUUAAUAUUUGCUCCCAUUAUUUUUAUAGGGGCUUAAUUCUUCAGCCAGUGUAACUAGAUGCUAUGUUCAUCGUUGUUGGUCUUCGUGAUCUGGCAAAUAGGAUUGAAGAGGUGUAUAUAUUUCCUUAAACUAAAUGAGUACUUCAGCCUGAAUAAAAUGGUAAACUUGGAA